GGCUCCAGGAAAUCCAAAUCUCGCAUCCACCAGCCCACUCACCCAAAGUGGUACUUAUUCACACCGAUGUCCGGCUUCCACGAAACAUUGCCUCUUCCUCCCACUCCCUGAUUACCUGUUCACAUAUAUUAGACCCCUUGGCUACGUCUCUAUCCCUUGUUACUCGGCAGUUUUCAUGAUACCUGACGCUUAAGCCGUUUUUCAUCGGCUUGUGACUACCACGCAGAACAGCCCUCUGCCUAGCUUUUUUAUCCUCCACACAUACAUACCUGACAUCCUUCCGACCCCAGUUCACAAAAGCGCUCAGCAUCGGUUCUCAGAAGACAUGGACGUCCUCUCCGCUUCCAUCCCCGUCGCGUUCAGGGAACCUCUCGCCAAGGCAGAGCUCAGCUUCCCCCCAAGUCCGGCUACUACUGUAAGGGAAGGACUGUCUUACAGCGUCGACGGCGGAUCAGAAUAUUCGGUUUCGGGAGGUCUACUGGACGAACCGAGCGUUGAGGGAUCUCGAACCUAUCCCUUGCCUCCCAAAUCAAGAACCAACAAGGUUCUGGCCGAGGAUCUCAAGACACCGGACAACCAUGUCACCCGAGACCCGCGACUAAUACGCUUGACCGGAAUCCACCCCUUCAACGUCGAGGCCCCUCUGAGCGAUUUGUACGACGAAGGCUUCAUCACCACCAAGGACCUGCACUAUGUUCGGAACCACGGGCCCGUACCUAAAGUUGAGGACGAAGACAUGUUCGACUGGGAAUUUACCGUUGAGGGUCUGGUCGAUAACCCCAUCAAGAUGACACUGAGAGACCUCAUCUCGGACUACGAACAGAUCACCUACCCCGUCACCCUGGUAUGUGCUGGCAACCGCCGAAAAGAGCAGAACAUGGUGCGCAAAUCAAAAGGCUUCUCAUGGGGUGCCGCCGGCUUGUCAACAGCCCUCUGGACCGGUGUGUCGAUCGGCGAUCUCCUUGCCCGGGCAAUGCCCAAGAGAGGUGCAAAGUACGUUUGCUUCGAGGGUGCCGACAAGCUGCCCAACGGUUACUACGGAACCAGUAUCAAGCUCAACUGGUGCAUGGACCCCAACCGCGGAGUGACGGUAUGCUACCGCAUGAACGGCGAGCUGCUGCACCCUGACCAUGGGAAACCCGUCCGCAUCAUCAUUCCCGGCCAAAUCGGCGGCAGGAGUGUCAAGUGGCUCAAGAAGAUCAUCGUCACAAAGGAACCAAGUACCAACUGGUACCACAUCUACGACAAUCGAGUGCUUCCUACCACGGUCUCCCCAGAUGCGAGCGCAGACCUACCGGAGGUAUGGAAGGACGAGCGAUACGCAAUCUACGACCUCAACACGAAUAGCGCCACCUGCUACCCUGCUCACGACGAAGUUGUUCCCUUGGGUGGUCUAUCAGAGACCUACAAAGUCCGCGGGUACGCGUAUGGCGGCGGCGGCAGGAGGAUCACAAGAGUGGAAAUCACCCUGGAUCGCGGCAAGACGUGGCUCCUCGCCAACGUCAACUACCCCGAAGAUGCAUAUCGGCUGGCCCCGGAAGGCGAGACCCUCUACGGUGGUAGAGUCGACAUGGACUGGAGGGAGACCAGUUUCUGCUGGUGCUUCUGGGAUCUGGACAUACCCAUUGCUCAGCUCGCCGACGCGGCAGACGUCAUGGUCCGUGCCAUGGACGAAAGCAUGAUGGUGCAGCCGAGGGACAUGUACUGGAGUGUUUUGGGCAUGAUGAACAACCCGUGGUUCAGAGUGGUCAUCCACAAGGAGGGGCGCAGCCUGCGCUUCGAGCACCCCACUCAGCCGGCACUCAUGGCUGGCGGAUGGAUGGAGCGCGUCAAGAAAGCGGGAGGUAAUCUCUCCAACGGCUUCUGGGGCGAGAAAAUCGAGGGCGAAGCCGACAACACCUUCGAGCCGGAAGAAGUCAAGGACAUCUGCAUGACGAAGGACACCGUCAAGCGCGACGUCACCAUUGAAGAGCUUCGCCAGCACGGCAGCGAGGAGGAGCCUUGGUUCGUCGUUAACGGCGAGGUCUACGACGGCACCCCCUUCCUCGAGGGUCAUCCGGGAGGUGCCGCGUCCAUCUUUGGCGCCGCCGGCCAAGACGUGUCGGAAGAGUUCUUAACGAUCCACAGCGAGAAUGCCAAAAAGAUGAUGCCCGACUACCACAUCGGCACCCUGGACGAGGCGGGUCGGAAGCUGCUUGCCGAAGGCGAGGUCGUGCCGGAGGACGACGACAAGACGCCACGGUCUGUCUUCUUGCAGUCCAAGACCUGGACUAAAGGCAUCCUCUCGGAAAGGAAGAAGGUGUCGUCCGAUUCCAAGAUCUUCACCUUCACACUCGAGCACCCGGAGCAGAUGGUCGGCCUGCCAGUCGGCCAACACCUGAUGAUGAGGCUGCGCGACCCCGUCACCCGCGAAGCCAUCAUCCGCGCCUACACGCCCAUCUCGGAGGGCACCGACAAGGGCAAGCUGCACGUGCUCAUCAAGAUAUACUACAGCACAACGGAACGCGAGGGCGGCAAGAUGACACAGGCCCUCGACUCCAUCCCCGUGGGUCACUUUGUCGACUUCAAGGGCCCCGUCGGCAAGUUCGAGUACCUCGGCAACGGGCUGUGCUCCAUCGCCGGCAAGCCACAACGCGCCGUCAAGCGCUUCAUCAUGAUUUGCGCGGGCUCGGGCAUCACGCCUAUCUUCCAGGUCCUGAGGGCCGUCAUGAAGAACGCUGCCGACCCGACGAGGUGUCUCGUCCUCGACGGCAACCGCGUCGAGGAGGACAUCCUCUGUCGCGAGGAUCUCGACGUCAUGGCCGCGGCUAACCCGGACAGGUGCCGCCUGCUCUAUACUCUCACGAAGCCUAAUGCGUCUUGGACAGGUCUGAAGGGCAGGAUGGACGACAAGUUUUUUGAGGAGUACGUGGGCGCGUGCCCUAACGAAACCGGUGGCGACGAGCUCGUCCUCGUGUGCGGACCUGAGGCGUUGGAGGCAAGCGUGCGCUCCACCCUCACUGGGCUCGGCUGGAAGGGAGACGACUUAUUGUUUUUCUAAGCCAGUCGAUUUGUUUCCGUUCUGCGAACAACAGAUGAGUCCAGCCCCGCCAGGCCCUUAGAAGCUGGGCUCUGCUCUUUCAGACGACCAGAUGUCGGUUUAUUCAUGCGCCGUCCCGCGAACGGGUUUGCCGAUCUCUGGUCCCGGCAAGGGUGGUCAUCAGGGUGGGAAGGGGAGAUGAAGUCGGAACAGACAGAAACGAGCCUCCACCGCCUCGGGCCGUCAUGGCGCACAACCAUGUCCGGGUUGUUACCGGCGGAGCCCAGACACUUGGCCAUUCAGGAGGUGUGUGUGUGUGUGCAUGGGAUGCGUGUGGGUGGGGGAUCUGAUGGCCUGGAUUGGGAAGAUACAGGAAAAUCGAGCAUCUCCGGAAUAAGCUUGAUAAGCGGCUCAAACCU